AUGGAUGGACGUCAACAGUAUGUCCCGGGGCCCCCGCCUUCCUCUCAGACACAACAACAUAUGAACCUGCCUCCCCCUCCACCUCGACAUCCACAAGCCCAAACGCUGGUGCCACCACCUCCUCCUGGCCCGCCCCCUGGCCCGCCUCCAGGAGCGACCUAUGGAACUCCGACAGGAUGGCAGCAAAACUGGGCCAGACCGGCGCUGAACCCAGGCUUCCCACCGCCGCCCCCUCUUGCCCCCGCACCAAACCAGCAUCUAACAUACGGUCGCCCACCAGCGCACUUGUCGAUCGUUCCUCCGCGCCAUGACCAUCAGCCUCUGACAUCCGCAACUUAUAUACCCGGGAACGAUACUAUUGGCGUCGGCAUUCCGGGGUUGUUCGACCCCAAUGGAAGAGCUCAUCCGUACGCGCACACCAAUGCCGAGAGACAACGGUUGGGUCUCAGCCAAAUGCAAGAUCACAUCAAUACUCCAACCCCGUAUAAACCAGAUACAAGUCUUCCGCAGAGCCCCGGGGCCCGCACCGUUUCUUCGCCGUACGCUCUUCAUAACAACAUUCAUGAAUUAACGUCCAACGACAGUCCGCAGCAACAGGCGACAGCUCCAACUACCGAGCUUACUAAAACGACAAGUCAUCGUUACAAUGCUAGCGGUACUUCGCUGGGCGGUUUAUCUCACAGCGAAGCGGCGAUCCAGUGGCCAUUGGAUCGCGUGCUCAUCUGGCUUGCGAAAAAUGGAUUUUCCAACGACUGGCAGGAAACAUUCAAAUCUUUGGAGCUUGAAGGGGCUGACUUCCUCGAACUUGGACAUGGAUCCGGCGGACGAGGAAACCUCGGGAAAAUGCAUCAAGUGGUUUAUCCUCAAUUGUCCAAGGAGGUUGGCCGGAGUGGCAAAAAAUGGGAACCUGGCCGGGAACGAGAUGAAGGGAAGCGUAUGCGCAAACUCAUCCGUCAAAUACAUGAUGGUUCGCAAGACUACACCGUCACUACCCCACUGAAUCAGACGCAGCCGCCGGCGACUGCGUUCCCUGAGAACAGUGCGGCUUACUUUUCUUCUAAAUUUUCCGAGCCACGUUCGGCUGGCCCUAUCCCUGGUGUCAAUGAUGUGAGUCAGGAUCAUCUGAGUGCAUUGCACGCCUCCAAUCAAGCCCAAAAGCAGCCUGGGCAACGCUCGGUUACCAUGCCGGUCUCUGCUGGCCACGAUUCGCCUAGAAAAAAUGAGUCUCCGGCACGAGAAAACUGGGCGCGAUCUGACUAUUCGCGGUCAGAGUAUACCCGCAAUGCCCUAUCCGGAAUAAACAGCGACCAUCGACGCCAGAGUUCGUCCAUUGGCAGCGAAUCGGGCAAUUUUCAGGGAGCAUCUCUUCGGCCACAUGAAGAAAGUCCAAUUAGUGGCAGCCCAGCCAUGCAGAAUGUGUCACCCGCUUAUGCAGGAGCAUUUUCAUCAUCCACUGGGGAUCUGACGUUGAGACCGUAUGAUCACUCUCGGGGCAAUAGCACCGAAUCGAUCAAUCGGGGCGCUACAGGCCGGUACUACGAUUCACGUAGACAAGGCCAUGAACAUGAAUCUCGCAGGCUAGGCCAAGAGGGUACUCGUCCCUCGCCUCAAGAUGCCUCCAGUCGACAAUGGAAUGACCAAACCUCGUCUUCGUACUCCAAAGAACACAAGGGCUUUUUCUCUAAUAUUCUGAAGAAGAAGACAAGAACUACGGCUUCUAGCCACCCGUCCCCCGAUCAUCAGCAUGAAGACUCGUCGCCUACGACAAGCCCGGAGACUCGCCCGAAUGAAGCCUAUCUCCCUUACAUAAAGCCUUCUUACAACACUAGCGACAUGUCGGUCGGUGAGCGUCCAUCCACGGCGAUAACAAGGACAAAGAAAUGGAUAUUUGCCACCACGGAUGGCUUGAACUACCGUCUGAUUGACAUCACCGAUCUCGACUCUUUCGAGUCAUUGCGUACCGGGAUCUGUGAAAGCCUCUCGAUCGACCCGAGCAAUGCGCAGAUUUACCUUACUCAGCCCGGGCAAAGCGAGCAUGAUGAUCCUAUGAGUGACGCAUACCUUGCACAGUCGCGUCGAAACAAGUCAGAUGCAUACGGUUCUCUCAAGCUGUUUGUACGAGGGACUCCUAUGCUUCCUAUGCCACCCCAUACUCCUCGAGUUGAUGGCUUGGGAGUUUCUUUCAUAGAAAAGUCCAAUAUGUCCCCGACGGCAACACACCACCAGGUCCACCGGAAGCCCUUGGAUGAAGAUGCCCUUAACAGGUUAUCACCGCACCGCACCAGACCAGAGUCUCCAUUGUUGGGCUCUCGGCAAAGCACUCUCAAGGCUUCUACAGGGAAGCCAUCCCCGGCGGAGACCGUACAGGACGCAAGCCAAGCUCUUGGGUCUGACAAAUCCGAUUUACUCGCUCGCCAUGAGGAACACCUCCGUGAGGUCGAACGUAAACAAAAACAAUAUUUACAAUCUAAAAUGCCGCUGCAAAACAAGAACGCCUACAGUGACACCGGGUACAGGCGAAACGAAGUCAUUGACUUUGAUAGUCCUCGUAUAUCGCCUUAUGACGAAAAGAAGGGAGAUUCGCUUGUACCACUUCGUAAACCUCCCACAGCGCCAAUCGAGUCCAACACUCUUACCAAGGUCAAUUCUCUCAGCAGGAGACCCACCACUCGUGAACCUCGUGAAGCUCGGAUACAGCCGUCCCUGGGCGCUGCAAUUGCUAGCGUUGGCCGCAUUACAAGUGCAGUUGGCACGCCAUUGCCUUCGGUACCGGCUCCAUCUACGCCUUCAGCCAACACUCAAAACAGUGCAAUCUCCGAGUCUGAUCGACCAGGGGCAUUUGAUUCUGGAACCUUUUCAAGCAGAACACCCCUGGGUCAGUACAUGCACGACACAGCGCGGUCUGAUCGACCUUCCUCUGACUACCUUCCAGACUCUUCGAGACCCACUUCGAAGAUGACUACAGAACGCGAGAAACCGCCAGUCUCGUUUGCCGAUCAGUCACCCGAAAAGGCUUUUGGUGAAGACUCGCCGAGACCUGGCUUGCAAACUCGCAAGUCGUUCGGUCCAGAGUUCGACUUUGAAGAGAAUCAAGUAUCCUUCCAGCGAACCCCCCAACAGCAGCAAGACUCAGAUGACGAUUCUGAUGAUGACUCGGACGAUGGCCUAUUCCAAGUCCGACCUUCAAGGGUUCAGGAAGAACCGAAACAAACACAAACCGAGGCCGAAAAGAAGGCGGAGAGGCCAUCGCUGACCGUGAACACGAAAGAUCAAUUAAGAUCAAAGUUAUCUGUCAGGUUCAAAUCUCCGAGUACUGCCGGUCCUAGUUCCGGCGGAGAGGCAUCUGAUGGGAAGGAACCGGUUUCCAGUACCUGGGGACCAGUCUCGCCUGAAGAUGAGAGGCCUGGACCACAGCGAGAGUCAUUUGCUCGAGAUAUCUGGGCAAGCAGACCUGCCGUCGAAGGCGUUAUUGACCACCUCGAUGACUUCUUCCCUGAUGUUGAUCUUGACGCUCCAUACUUGGAUGAGCCCUCAUCACCCAGUAGCAAGACUAUCAACGAACAUGACGCGAACCUCAAAGACAAGAAGGAAGUACCGCCACCCAUGCCAAAUGCACCCCAUGCGCCUGAUACAGCGCCAGUGAGACCGCCCGAACCUGCCAACUUUGCUCGACAGAAACUUGCUCGUGGUGGUGUCGGUGGCGGCGGACUCUCUCGCAUGAAAUCUAUUCGACAGGUGGCCCAAGGAGCGAACCGGACGAACAGCGUUCAUGCUGGUCCGCAAAGGUCGGGUGAUCUUCUACGCCGAAAGAGUACCAAGAUGUUCGGCGCCAAAAUUAUGCAAAUCAGGCCGAGGCCAGGUACCCGGCUUAGCCAACUCGAUCCGAUUCCGCAAAACAGCGCCCAACUGGCGUCCAAUGCCGGGCCUGUUCCUCAGCGACAGCCCACUUUCCGCAUUAUCCGUGGUCAGCUCAUCGGCAAGGGUACUUACGGUCGCGUAUACCUAGGCAUGAACGCCGACAAUGGUGAAGUUUUGGCAGUCAAACUGGUUGAGAUCAAUCCGCGAAUUGCAGGGGCAGACAAAGACCGCAUCAAGGAGAUGGUCGCUGCCCUGGACCAGGAGAUCGACACGAUGCAGCACCUCGAACACCCUAACAUCGUGCAGUAUCUUGGAUGCGAGCGCGGCGAAUUUUCCAUCUCCAUCUACCUCGAGUAUAUCUCCGGUGGAUCUGUCGGAAGCUGUCUGCGCAAGCACGGCAAAUUCGAAGAAAGUGUGGUGAGAUCACUGACGCGGCAGACCCUGGACGGACUGGCAUACCUGCACGACAAGGGAAUCCUCCACCGCGACCUGAAAGCAGACAACAUCCUCCUGGAUCUCGAUGGCACGUGCAAGAUCUCUGACUUUGGUAUAUCUAAGAAAACGGACGACAUCUACGGCAAUGACUCGUCCAACUCCAUGCAGGGCUCCGUCUUUUGGAUGGCCCCGGAGGUCAUCCAGUCGCAGGGUCAAGGCUACAGUGCCAAGGUCGAUAUCUGGUCCCUUGGCUGUGUGGUGCUGGAGAUGUUCGCGGGCCGUCGACCGUGGAGCAAGGAGGAGGCUAUCGGCGCUAUCUUCAAACUCGGCAGUCUGAGCCAGGCUCCACCGAUUCCGGAUGAUGUUUCUAUGAACAUUAGUCCUGCGGCUCUUGCAUUCAUGUAUGAUUGCUUCACAAUUGACUCGGCUGAACGUCCUACUGCCGGAACCCUGCUCACCCGCCAUCCCUUCUGCGAGUCGGAUCCGAACUACAACUUCCUAGAUACGGAAUUGUAUUCCAAGAUUCGCGAUGUUCUUUGA